CGCUAAUCGUGUGGCCUGGUGCAUGCUACAGCUAAAAACGCUUAGUCUUUCCGAUAUCGCGCACCAAGUCACUAUACAUUUAACGUAUCCAAUCUAAACGCGUUAGAUUCAACAGGUGACGUUGACAAACGGUGAAAAGGUCCUUACAAAAAGGAUCUUUCGUUGAAAAGUGAAUAUCGGCAUUUACAUACCUACAUAUCUGUCUAGUGAUUGAGUGAAUAUAUUGAUUGAAUAUAUAGUUCUUUUGUGAUGUGACAGUUGUUGUGGAUUCAGGAAUUUGAUGUCACCUUACAGCCGAUACCGGCCGUUGCCCGGUAGCGACGGUCUGGCCGUAUUGCAGACGCCGCCAGGGUGCCGCCCCCAGCCACCCUCGGCCUGCCGUUUUUUGAGGUGGAUAUCGAAACUUAGCCCGCAACCGGUCAACAAGCAGGGUGGACUAGGCAGUAGAACUAGUUCUUGCCUUGAAAACUACGAAAAUAUAGGGGUCCUGGACAUGACUGCCACGGAAAACACCAUCCGUUUCAGCGUCCACACCCUGGACAAGGCCACCAAAGCAAAAGUGACACUAGAGAAUUACUACAGUAAUUUAAUAGCGCAGCAUGUGGAGCGAAAACAAAGGUUAGCAAAAUUAGAAGAAUCUCUGAAAGACGACAGUUUGUCGGAGGAGCAGAAGAACGAGAAGCGACAGCAACAUGCGCAAAAGGAAACGGAAUUUUUGCGUUUGAAACGUUCGCGUUUGGGCGUCGAAGACUUUGAACCCCUGAAAGUGAUCGGGCGCGGUGCUUUCGGUGAAGUGCGCCUAGUGCAGAAAAAAGACACCGGUCAUGUGUACGCGAUGAAGAUCUUACGGAAAGCGGACAUGCUGGAAAAGGAGCAAGUGGCCCAUGUCAGAGCGGAAAGGGACAUUUUGGUGGAAGCCGAUCACCAAUGGGUGGUGAAGAUGUACUACAGCUUUCAGGACCCCAUCAAUUUGUACUUGAUUAUGGAGUUUUUACCUGGGGGCGAUAUGAUGACGUUGCUGAUGAAAAAAGACACGUUGAGCGAAGAGUGCACGCAGUUUUACAUUACCGAGACGGCGUUGGCCAUUGAUUCGAUACACAAACUAGGAUUUAUUCAUAGGGACAUUAAGCCGGACAACUUGCUUUUGGACGCGAAAGGGCAUCUGAAGCUGUCCGACUUCGGACUGUGCACUGGACUGAAAAAAUCGCAUAGGACCGACUUCUACAGGGACCUGAGCCAGGCCAAACCUUCAGAUUUUAUAAUCACCUCUAGUCCGAUGGACAGUAAAAGGCGGGCGGAAAGUUGGAAGAGAAACCGGCGAGCCCUCGCUUAUAGUACGGUCGGCACCCCCGAUUAUAUCGCGCCCGAGGUGUUCCUGCAAACGGGUUACGGCCCGGCGUGCGAUUGGUGGUCGUUGGGCGUCAUCAUGUACGAGAUGCUGAUCGGAUAUCCGCCGUUUUGCAGCGAAAACCCGCAGGACACGUACCGCAAGGUGAUGAACUGGAGGGAGACCCUCAUCUUUCCUGCUGAAGUUCCGAUCUCCGAAGAGGCCAAAGAUACUAUUAUUAAGUUUUGUUGCGAAUCAGAGCGAAGGCUCGGAUCUCAGAAGGGUUUGGACGAUCUUAAAAUAAACCAAUUCUUCCGCGGUGUCGAUUGGGAGCAUAUUCGAGAAAGACCUGCCGCCAUACCCGUCGAAGUUCGAUCGAUAGACGACACGUCCAACUUUGACGAUUUCCCUGAUGUCAAACUUGAGAUACCUGCAGCUCCCAUGCCUCAGGACGGUGAAGUGAACUAUAAAGACUGGGUGUUUAUUAAUUAUACGUUUAAGAGGUUCGAAGGUCUAACACAGAGGGGGACACCGACAAAGAAAUAGUUUAGCACUUUCUGUUAUUAGCUUUUUCUUGCAAAAUGUUGGCGGCAAAAAUUGCAUUGUAUUUUUUGCUGGGCGCUUAUUUUUAGAAAAUGACGGAAAACGACGUUGAUGAUGAUAUAUACAGGGUGUCCCGUUAUAGAUAAUAGAGGUCAAAAUAUGACGGUUUAACAUCAUAAUAAAAUGUUCCUCCAUAAUUAAUGGGACAGGCUGUAUACAAAUAAACACAAAUGUAAAUAGUGGAGAAAAAUAAUAGUAACUAUCUUUGCUACAAGAUAUUUUUGCCUGUAUAAAUUAUUUUUGGUAAAAGUCAAACUCGUCCACGAAUAAUUUUUGUUGUUUUAUUUUUUGAACGCCGAUUAAAUUGAGUUGAAACUUUGAGUGCUGUGAGAAAUACCUUGAGUAAGAUUUAUUUUCUAAAAAUAAGUUUUUUGUGUAUAAUAAUGAUAAUAUAUUAGGUCUGAAGCAGUUUUUGCACUGUUUGCUUUGGAGCUGUGAAAAGCUGUAGGCUUAUGUUGUAAUUAAUUUGAUAUUAAAGCUGAUUUCUUAGGGUUUUUCUAACCAAAUUACUGAUCACAUUUUUUUGUACAUAUUUUUAUUUAGUGACUUAAACAUAUUGUGAUUUAAAGGUAAAUUAUUUUUAACUCGUUUUUAUUUGUAUUACUUGCUUUUUUUGUUUAUUAAAAAUAUUCAAAACCAUUUUCUGCUUUUUCUGACUAGUAUGUAUACUAGGGUUAUUUUAAAUUGUUCUACUCCCAUGGGCUCAAAUGCUAAUAAAAAAAUUCCCUGAAAAUUUGUGCUUUCUAAAUCAACUUUAAGAUCCGCUUUGUGAUUUUUU